UAAUAAGAAUGGCAAGCAGCCAAAGGGUGCCUCUGCAGUUCCUGAUGAUUCCUCCUCCAAGAAGAAGAAAUCGUCUGGGGGCAAAGGCAAGGGGCCCGAAACUGAGAAGCCAUCAGUUGAGGUACCUGCAGUAACCUCAACAACGGCUCCUCCAAAAACAAAUGAAUCUGUUAAAGAUGAUUUUGAAACUCUUGAGCAGCAAUCAACUCCUGUUGAUCAGCUGUUCAUUGACCAAUUGAAAGUUAAGUCAAGAUCACGAUGACGCGGAGGAGGACUUAGGCGUUGUGAAGUUUUUAAUUUCAAAUUCUCACAAUCAAUUGAAAAUCUUGCGUAGUGAUAGUGGGUGGGAUAAAAUUAAGAGAGAAAUUAUUGAUUUCAAUGAAAAACAUGGUAUUGAAUUUUCAACUAAACGUAUCAGUCGAAA